AUUAUGGGGCGGUUAUUAGAGGUUACUAAAAUUGGAGAAUUCAAUUGCCGUUCCAUUGGGUUGUAAGCUACCCAGAGAGAAUAUGUGCUGUUUCUCCAGUUUGCACCUGGUCUCACUCUGGCGACAGGAGUAACAGGUUACUUUAGGACUACCUGCUGGUUCAACAUUAGUCCCUCCUGUUAUAUGACGGCCCAGAGCCCCGCCUCAACAGUGAAACUUGAUGCCAAGUCUUUCUCUCUCAGGCAAGGGAACGUCAAUUCCAAGUCCCCAUUAUGGGACUGCACUUUCGUGAUCUGCUUGCUGUGCUUAGCAUCUUUGUGGAAUCUAUUGCUGCCUAUGGAAAUGGUCAAGUGACUGUGGCUUGUGACUCCAUGAUCCCAAAGCAUGGGAGCAUUAUUCAGAAAUCACCAAGUCCUGCCAUUAUAACAGUGGACAAAAACGUGAUCAACGCUAGUGAUCAGAUAAGAGUCACCCUCACUGUGAGACAGUCUGGAACGUCAUUCCAAGGUUUUUUUCUACAAGCACGAGAUGCUGCCGACCUGAAUGUUGGGCCACUUGGAACCUUUACUUUAAUUGACGACAAGAACACCCAGCUCUUGACGUGUGCGGAUGUAAAAGACUCAGCAGUCAGUCACACAAGCUCAUCAGGAAAACACACAGUUGAGGUGCUUUGGAAGCCACCCAGUCCAAAACCAGAUCACAUCCAAUUCUUGGCAACCAUAGUUCAGAGGUUCAAUAUUUACUGGGUCAAAUUACGUGGUCCAACAGUCUCACAAGUAAAUGCUCCUCCUUUGUCAAAACAGCCUACUCCAGAGUCUCCACUGAUACUACCAACCACCUCCCGGCUAACCAAACCUUUUAACGCAACGGACUGUGGUGAAAAGAAGUCCUGCCUACGGAAUCCCACUGGAUGCGACCCUGAGCUCGACAGGUUGUGCUUCUUCCUCGCCUUUACCGUGCAAGGCUCCUCAGUGUUUUUUGAGUUGAGUGGACCAUCUAAUGGGUACGUCUCAUUUGCCCUGUCAGAUGAUAAAUGGAUGGGUGAUGAUGACAUUUAUUUAUGUGUUGUCAAUGAUCAAAGUGUGCAGAUCAAUCCAGCCCGUUCAACCGGUCGCUCACAUCCAAUAUUGAACUCUCAGUUUCCUAUUAAUGACAUGGCGUGGAGGUUGGAAGAUGGGGUGACCCAGUGUUCAUUCAGAAGAAACAUUCAGCUCCCUGAAUACAGUGAACGGUUUGACCUGGACAGGCAAUAUUACAUUUUCCUAGCGGACGGAAAAGCAGUAAAUGGGAGAAUUCAUAAACAUGAUCAACAACCACUGAUUACACAGGGAAAAGUCAAUUUACAAGGUUCUCCUAAAGAACUGAAGGGUUCGCGGUCUCCAGGAUACAUUAAGGCACAUGGAUCCUUAAUGUUUAUUGCAUGGAUUACUACAGCUAAUAUCGGUGUUAUCGUAGCUCGAUUCUUUAAAUCUGUCUGGCCAACUACCACAAUGUUUGGGCAAAAGAUCUGGUUUCAGGUGCACAGGAUUCUGAUGGCAGCCACGGUGUUGUUUACAUGCAUUGGGUUUAUACUUCCUUUUCUUUACCGAGGAGGCUGGAGCCACUUUGCAGGCGUCCAUCCAUACUUUGGCUGUAUGAUCCUUAUACUGGUGAUUCUUCAGCCGAUCAUGGCAAUCUUCAGACCCAAUCCAUGUGCUGCCAGGCGAUAUCUCUUUAACUGGUUACAUUGGGCUACAGGCACAUUUGCUAGAAUAAUCGCAGUUUUCAUAGCACGGAAACGAGAAGAGGAUAAAUUGGAGAUAAUGGAUUCAAGUGAAUUGAUUGACCCACAGGGUCAUAGGCUUAAAAUGAUGAUAUUGACAAUCUACAUCUGUGGAAACCUAACAUUUCUGAUAACGUUACUUGUUGGAAUUAGUCUUACUUGAUGAUCAUCCAGAUGCUGCCUGCAUGUUGUCUCCAUUGAUUCUGACCUUGAAGCUGAUGUCACCUGAUCUUUUUCUCAUGACCGUAGUGUCAUUUCUCGCUCGUCAUGCACCAGACUGAAGAUUCAUCAGGCAGAGAACUUAAAUACUUCUUCAAAAAACUCUUAAGGGCCUGUCCCACUUGCUGAUUUUUUCGGCGACUGCUGGCAUCAUUGACUGACAUAUCAGGUCACCGAAAAAUUUGCGGCGUGACGCGGCGUGAUGAUGUAUUGACGCGCGUUUUUUUUUCAAGUGUUGCAAAUUUUUUUUGUGUCGCCGCUGGAUUUUGAAAUGUUCAAAACCUUUUGGCGACACUGAUAUGACGCCGGCAGUCGCCGAAAA